CCAGGCGUCCCCCCCUUCUGGACUCUUCUACAUCAGUGUUCUUCUUCCUUCUGCAUCUUUAGUCUACUCCUCUCUAGUCCUAUUGGUGUGACGCAGAGCUCUAUUCUGGGCUUAGUUUGAUUAAAUGACUGCUUUCCCCCCAGUGCCUGAGGAAACAGAAGGCAUGUGUGCUGCAUGUUGUGGAGUCUGCCUGGAUCCCCACCUAUCACGACUGGCCCACUCUGUCUCCCAGUGGCUGGUGGCUUUCGUGGUUGACAGCUCUCAGCUGAGUCCCUCUCUGGAGCUUGCCUAGAACAGAAGAGUGCCUUCUCCAGUUCAUACCCUCCCUCCCCACGCCCCGGGUCAGCCUGCCCUCAAUGACCGGCCAUUACGAGGAUGUAGCCGGUCCAGUGACUAGUCAUUAUCAGGUACCCUUGUCCCAGGAAGACUCUGCAGGGCCUGCCUACUCCCGAGCUCCCUGUAGGAACCCGCCGAGGACUCUGUUGCGUGUGCUUCGCAGGCCACUCCAUCCUCUGCCUGGUCCUGUUUUUCCACAACCCCCCCCCCCCCCCCACCCCAGGGAUCCUGUGAGCAGAACGCCAUACGCUUCCUGCCUGCGAAUCUUCUUCUCAGAGUCUGCCUCUUGGGCACUGACCUGCUGCAGCAGGCUUUUCAGAUUGGGGGAGGAAAAAUCGAUGUGCAGAUUGGUUUCAUCUGCUUGGAACAUAGAGCCCAGCCUGAGAAAAUUAAGCUCCUGGGUUCAGUCCAAGCUACGUUUGGAUUACAUAGCUUAAAACAAACUCAGUUGUGCAAAUACAAGUUGCGAGAGAUUCGGUCAGGCAGCUGUUUGGAAAACAACUAAGAGUUUCCAUGAUUUUUUAGUUCAUCCGUUCAUUCAUUCAUUCACUCAUUCACUUAAGAGUGCCUAUCCCAUGCCAGGCACCGUGUUGCAUGGUGGGAAGGGGGCAGCAGGAACGUGAACACUCCGAUUUAGGACUACAAUCUCCAAAGUAAAUAAACAGGGGGGAGAAAUAGGAAUAAAAGGAAUAGAUGGGCAGACGCCUGGGGAGUCAAAGGUGAGGAACUGAGGGGUCCGUGGGGUCGUGCUCCCAUCCCGUGCUAACUGAAGUCUCCAGACUUUGAAGGACCAGCUGCGGGGGAGUUCUGACGGCCUCGACUCUCCAAGUGUGGUCCAAGGAGCAGCACACAGGCACCACAGGCAAGCCCCACUGGAACUUCUCACCCCUUCGUGGACCCAGGAUCAGGACCUGCAUCUUGCCAGUUCCCAGGUAAAGAAACUCCUUCCAAGGAUCCAACCAUAUCGAGUGAGGUGAUAGCCUCAUCUGAAGACAAGGAAAAAUGUUUCCUGUCCCAGAAUAUGACUCCAGAUCUGACCCUCUCCUUCAGUGUGAAGAGCCGCUCCAGGAGGUGUGUAAACGGGCCCCUGCAGGAAGCAGCCAGGAGGCGGCUCUGGGCGCUGGAGAAUGAGGACCAGGAUGUGCGUGCACUGUUUAAGGACCUCUCAGCCAGGUUGGUGGGUAUCCAGUCCCAGAAGGCUCAGUUCCUCAUCACCUUCAAGACCAUGGAGGAAAUCUGGAAGUUUUCCACCUACUUGAACUUAGGCUAUGUAUCUGCAUGUCUGGAACAUCUCCUCUUUGACCAUAAGUACUGGCUCAACUGCAGAUUGGUGGAAGAUACAGAGAUCCAAGUUUCCGUGGAUGAGAAACACCUGGAAACAAUAUACCUGGGACUUCUGAUACAGGAAGGCCACUUCUUCUGCAGAGCCGUGUGCUCUGUGGCUCAGCCGCCUGAGAAGGAAGGGGAGUAUCUGACACUUUGGAAGAAGGAGUUAAUCUCCGUGAAAAUAGUUGAAGGCGGAUCCGAGUGGGAGGGCGUGUCCCUGGUGACUGGUCAGCGGGGCCUGGUGCCCGUGUCAGCCCUGGAACCUCUGCCGCUCCCUUUCCACCAAUGGUUCCUAAAGAACUAUCCAGGAAGCUGUGGCUUUUCCAGGAAGAGGGAUUGGACAGGCUCCUAUCAGAUCGGCAGAGGAAAAUGUAAGGCCUGGAAAGAAUAUGAGAGGGAAGAAAAGGAUGAGCUGAAUUUUCACCAGGGAGAAAGCAUCGAGAUCAUCGGCUUUGUCAUACCUGGGCUUCAGUGGUUCAUUGGAAAGUCGACACGCUCAGGAGAAGUGGGCUUUGUCCCCACCAGGAACAUAGAUCCUGAGUCUUACUCCCCAAUGAACAAGAGCUCCGCCUUUUUCAGCGAUGAGGAAAGAUGCUCUCUGUGGGUCCUGGGAAGUGACAGGAAAGCUGAGUGUGCCAGCUUCCUCCACACCCUUGCUCAUACUGACAUAGCGUCUGUCUACCGGCUUAGUGGGUUUGAAUCCAUCCAGAAUCUUCCAAACGAUCUAAGUGCGUCCCAGCCUGAAGUCUUCAAGGAGGCCAGGACUGGUAGAGCCUGGGAGGAGCAUCAGGCCGUGGGCUCCAGACAGUCUAGCAGUUCCGAGGACUCCAGCCUGGAGGAGGAGCUCCUCUCAGCAGCCUCAGACAGCUAUCACUUGCCAGAGCCUGAUGACCUCGAUGACCCAGAACUGCUCGUGGACCUAAACACUGGUCAGGAAGAGGAGGAGGCUGAGAAUUUCGCCCCCAUGCUGGCGUUUCUGGAUCACGAGGGCUACGCUGACCACUUUAGGAGCCUCUACGACUCCUCCUUCUCUUUCCUCACGUCUUCCUUUUACAGCUUCUCUGAGGAGGACGAACUUGUGGCCUACCUGGAGGCCUCAAGGAAGUGGGCCAAGAGGAACCACAUGACCUGGGCCCAUGCCCGGCUCUGCUUCCUCCUGGGCCGGCUGAGCGUCAGGAGGGUCAAACUCUCUCAGGCCAGGGUGUACUUUGAGGAGGCUAUGUACAUCCUCGAUGGGGCAUUUGAGGACCUAUCCUUGGUGGCUGCUCUGUACAUCAAUCUGGCUGCCAUCUACCUGAGGCAGAGGCUGAGGCAUAAAGGCUCAGCCCUGCUAGAAAAGGCAGGUGCCCUGUUGGCCUGCCUGCCUGACCGUGAGUCCAGCACCAAGAAUGAGCUUGACGUUGUGGCCUAUGUGCUACGCCAGGGGAUUGUGGCUGGCAGCUGUGUCCUGGAGGCCAGGGCCUGCUUCCUGGCCAUCCGAUUGCUCCUGGACUUAGGCCGGCAUGAGGAGGUCCUGCCCUUUGCCGAGCGUCUGCAACUCCUCUCUGGACACCCUCCUGACCUGGAUGCCGUGGCCACCAUCUUGAGUUUUCUGUACGACAAGAAAUACCUUCCACACCUUGCGGUGGCCUCUGUCCAGCAACGUGGUACCCAGAGUGCCCAAGGGAUGUCCCUUCCAAUUUGGCAGGUCUACCUGGUUCUCCAGAACACCGCCAAGCUCCUUGGAGUUCCCUCUUUAAGCUGGGGUGAAGUUUCUGCCCUGGCCUGCCCAGCACUCAGGCAGGCGCUGGUUGCCUGUGAAGAGCAGGCCAGUCGGAGCACCCAGAGGGCCCUGUGUCUCAUCCUGUCCAAAGUGUACCUCCAACACAGGUCUCCUGAUGGCGCCAUCCACUACCUGAGCCAGGCCUUGGUGCUAGGGCAGCUGCUGGGUGAGCAGGAGGCCUUCGAGUCUUCCCUGUGCCUGGCGUGGGCUUAUCUCGUAGCCAGCCAGGCAAAGAAGGCGUUGGACAUUCUUGAGCCGCUGCUAUACUCUCAGAAGGAGAUGGAGAGCAUCACCCAAAAGGGGGUGGUCCAUAACCUCCUGGGCCUUGCACUUCAAGGUGAAGGCCGGGUGAACAGGGCAGCCAAGAACUAUCUCCGGGCUUUGAACAGAGCUCAGGAAAUGGGGAACGUGCGUAACCAGGCGGUGACUUUGGCCAAUCUUGGCCACCUGACUCUCAAGUCCUGGGCUCGGCAACCAGCCAAGGACUAUCUCCUGCGGGCCGUCCGACUCUAUUCUGAACUCCAGACCAGCGUGGAGACAGACAUGGAAUUAGUACAGGUGCUUCUCUGGUUGGCCCAAGUCCUGGUGUCUGGACGUCAGCUGGCCAGUGGCCGCCUUUGUUACGAAAUGGCAUUGCUGUUGGGCUUAAGGCAUCGGCACCUAAAGAGUCAGCUUCAGGUCACCAAAUCCCUCUGCCAUUUCUACAGCUCUGUUUCCCCAAACCCCGAGGCAUGCAUCACCUACCAUGAGCAUUGGCUGGCCCUAGCUCAGCAACUCAGGGACCGAGAGAUGGAGGGGAGGCUGUUGGAGUCCCUCGGGCAGCUCUAUCGGAACCUGAACACGGCCAGGUCUCUCAGGAGAUCUCUCACCUGCAUCAAGGAGAGCCUGCGUAUCUUCAUCGACCUGGGGGCGAAAGACAAGGCUGCCGAGGCCUGGCUCGGAGCUGGACGACUCUACUACCUCAUGCAGGAAGAUGAUCUGGUGGAGCUGUACCUACAGGCAGCCAUCCAGAAAGCCCUGAAGUCUGAAGAGCCCUCCCUGGCUCUCAAACUCUAUGAAGAAGCGGGCGACGUGUUCUUCAAUGGGACCCGCCACAGGCACCGUGCGGUGGAGUAUUACCGGGCUGGGGCUGUCCCUUUAGCGAGGAGGAUGAAGGCGGUGAGAACGGAGCUCCGGGUUUUCAACAAGCUGACGGAGCUGCAGAUCAGUCUGGAAGGCUACGAGAAGGCUUUGGAGUUUGCCACUCUGGCGGCCAGACUCAGCACAGUCAUAGUCUUCCAAUUCCUAGGAGAUCAGAAACAGGAGCUGGUGGCCUUUCACCGCCUGGCUACGGUGUACUAUUCCCUGAGCAUGUAUGAGAUGGCUGAAGACUGCUACCUGAAGACUCUGUCCCUCUGCCCACCCUGGCUGCAGAGUCCCAAGGAGGCCCUGUACUAUGCGAAGGUAUAUUAUCGCCUGGGCCGACUCACCUUCUACCAGCUGAAGGACGCCCACGAUGCCACCGAAUACUUCUGGCUGGCCUUGGCAGCGGCGGUCCUGCUGGGUGACCAGGAGCUGCAGGACACCAUUAGGAGCAGGUUGGACAACGUCUGCCGGAGCCCCCUGUGGCACAGCAGCCCCUCGGGGCGCUCCUCAGAGAGGGCGCGGUGGCUGAGCGGGGGAGGCCUGGCCCUCUGAGGAGGGCUGUCCUACAUCCGACCAGUGGCCAUGGCCAGAAGCUGCCUCCCUGCCCUGGGCUCCAAGACACCCAUCUGGAAGGUCUGCAUCAUCACCUGGCCCAGCCCCCUCAUCUUACAAUGAGACUAGCACCGCCCAGAGGGAGGAGCUCAUUUGGGGUCGGCCACACCAGGAGUGGAUGACAGAGCAGGGACUGGAGGUCCUGGCUUUGUGUCAGGGGUUGUGUCUAGAGCCUUUUCAGCGGACUGUGGCCCUUCCCCACACACAGCCUCUGAAACGCACUUUCUCAACACUCCGUUCUAGAGAAAACGAGAACCCUUGUCCUGAGGGGGCAAAGGGAAAUCAUGCCCUGCUCUGGAGAGAAGGCAAGCAGAUUGGACUUUGUUCCCUUCACUGACUGUUCUCAGGGAAAGACCCUCUCCUCUCGCCAGCAGAGAAACUGCAAAUUUCUUUCUUUUGCCAGCCAAAGGGGGUGUCACUCCUCUUGCUCGCGGGGACUGGCAGGUGGAAAUUCACGAUGCUCUUAGCUCAAACGACAGCCCCAGGACAGCCAGCUCAACACACAGGGCCUGGGGUCUGAUGAGGAUCCACCUCUCCCUCCUGCCUGAUGCUCUGCUCCUCCGUAACCGCCUGGAAACUCCGGGAGCCUCCCCAAGGGCCAAGGCUUAAACAUUGAACACUAAGAAGACGAUGAUGUAAAUUCCUUCGGAAGAGUGUAUAUUAUUAAAUAUUGCUCAUCUACAUG